CCUCACACCAAGCUCCGCUAGCUGCCGGCUCUUUUUUCGAAGGCCCCGACGCCCUCUGCCGCCACUUCAUCCUUCUCUGCUCCUUCGACUCGCUUUCCGUUCGGCCUCUGGCAUCCUUCGAGCUCCCGCUCCCGCUUCACCAACUGCCCAGCACAGCACAAGCAGCACUCACCAGCGCCCACACAGCAACACCAACCCCACCCCCCAGCCAUGGCUCAGAUCAGAGGCACCGCUGGCUACCAGCUCGGCGGCCAGAACCCCUUCGGCGGCCCGCGCCCAGAGGCCGCUGAUCCCAGCCCGCUCGACGCCAUCCGCCAGCAGACGAGCAAGAUCGAGGACCUUCUCGACACCGUCUCCGAGCCCAUCAAGCCAUACCUCCCUGCCAUUGGCCGCUUCCUGAUCGUCGUGACGUUCCUCGAGGAUGCCCUGCGCAUCGUCACCCAAUGGUCUGACCAGCUUCAGUACCUCAAUUCGUACAGAGGAAUUCCCGGUGGCGUCACGCACCUCUUCCUCAUCAUCAACAUAAUCGCCAUGAUCUCAUGCUCAACCCUCGUCAUCAUCCGCAAGCACUCAGACUAUGCUGUCGCCGGCCUCAUGGGCGUUGUCGUGCUCCAGGCCCUCGGCUACGGCCUCAUCUUCGAUCUCAACUUCUUCCUUCGCAACCUCUCGGUCUGCGGUGGCCUGCUCAUGGUCCUGUCUGAUUCUUGGGUUCGCAAGACAAAGGCCUUUGCCGGGCUCCCCACUCUCGACGAGAAGGACCGCAAGAUGUACUUCCAGCUCGCUGGUCGCAUCCUGCUCAUCUUUCUUUUCAUCGGCUUCGUCUUCAGCGGCGAGUGGACCCUGUGGCGCAUUGUUGUCUCUCUUAUUGGAUUUGUCGCGAGCGUCAUGGUUGUUGUUGGCUUCAAGGCCAAGUUCAGCGCAACCCUGCUGGUCGUCAUCCUCAGCAUCUUCAACCUACUUGUCAACAACUUCUGGACUCUCCACCCCAACCACCCGCACAAGGACUUUGCCAAGUACGACUUCUUCCAGAUCCUCUCGAUUGUCGGUGGCUUGCUCCUGCUCGUCAACGGCGGGCCCGGCCAGUUCAGCAUCGACGAGAAGAAGAAGGUCUACUAAAGCGAGACGGAUUCCCGCACGUACACACCCAAGCAGCAGCAGUAGCUUCAGCAGCUUCUUUUGCGUGCAAGACGCUUUUGUCGCUCUUCCUUUACUACAAACGUAUCAUGGCUCAAAUGGCUACGAAGCUCCUCUUUCUGUCAGGUCAUACACACACACACACACACGCACACAUGCCCUGGCGGAUCCAGGGGUUACGCAUUUUCUCGGCGUACCAGGCGCGAUUUGUCUUUGUUUCCCCAAGUCUCGAGAGAAAGAGAGGGAGAGGAGGGAGAAGAGAGGCGAGUCUUUGUUGUUCAAACGCAGACAAGGUGACGGGGACAGGAAAAAGAAUCGGGGGGGAAAGAGCCAGCAGAUGAAAAAAUCAGAAAGAAUACACUCAUAUCUAGCAUGGGAUUGGGAUUACAUGGGAAUGAAAAACAAUUUAUGACCUGA